ACUGCAGGAUAACUUGUGUUUCAGACUGAAGUCCUGCUGUCAGACUGCAGUUCGGCCCUCAGGCUGUGAUUUGUGUUCCAGCAGUGACAUCUUGUGGAUGUUAGUUCACAUCACAUGACUAUAAAAGUUCAUAUCAAAAGUGAAAUUAAGACAAACCCGGCAGCAGCAGCAGCAGCAGCAGUGUUUCUGACACCGUGUAGGAUUAAUUAAACCCUCCUAACACAGAGAAACCCACUGGACUGAACCUCAGGAGGACAAACUGUCAUACAGGACCAGGUCGGAUGUGGCAGUUGAACGUGGAUGUAACGGAAAAGUACCUAACGAACAUAAUGAAGAAAGAAGUGAAUGGCAUCAUUGAAGUUGGAUCUGUGUGGAGAAUAUACAGACAUCAGGACACAUGGCUUGUACUACACAGUCUGCCUCAGAGUACAUCAAAAGUGCCAGACCCCACCUUGUGAGAGACUUAAAGAAUCUCUCGGUGAUUGUGGAGAACUUGUAUCAGCAGGGAAUUUUUACUGAUGAAGAAUUCAGUGAAAUUAAUGCAGAGAGAAAUGACUUUGAUAAAACCAGGAAUAUACUGGACUCAGUCACUAAAAAAGGGGAAGCAGCCUGCUACGAGUUCCUCAAGAUUAUUGACAUGACGAGGGAGAGGACUUUAGGGAGGCCGUCGCUCCUCCCUGAGAAAAAUAGUGCAGCUUCUUCUGAGACCAAGAAUUUUGACCUGCACCACUGGAUCAGCUGUUAUUCUUUCAAGGAAGACACACAAAUGGAUACAAACUACCUCCAAGGCUCAAAGCCGUGCCACCAAUAUCAGGCAAAGCUGAAGUCAAAAGCAAAAAAAAUAUCAAAUGAGUUUUGGAAAUCCAACAAAAAUCUGUUUGGAGAAAACAAGCCGGAUCUGUCGUACACUUCACUUGUUUUAAAGAAAGACAAGAGCAAGAAAAGCAAGAUGAGUCGCCCUAAAAAGAUGAGGAUGUACAUUCCAGAGGACAGAUCAGAAAUGUCCCCCACUAAACUGCUGGCAUUAAAUGAAGACAUUCUCUUGGUUGGUGAACCUGGAAUCGGAAAGACGGCUCUCAGUCAUCAACUGUUGAAACUCUGGGCAGAAAGAGACUCCAAGAAACUGGAUUACAUGUUUUACUUUGACAUGAGAGAAACAUCACACAUCACGACGGACUUGAACUUGGAGGAUCUUCUGUUCAGUGUGUUCAGUGAACCAGAUGAAGGCAAAGAAGAGGUCUUAGAGGAUAUAAAAACAUAUUCUGACAAUGUUACAAUCAUCUUUGAUGGAGUCACAGACCUCUCUUCUUCAGUGGUGCAGAGAAUUGUAAAAAAUGAUCUUCAUUAUGCCAAGGUCAUUGUGACUUGCAGACCAGAUGAUGAGAUCCUUUUUCCAGAGGGCUUUCUCAGAGUGGAAGUGAAAGGCUUUAGUGAGCAGAGCGUCAGAACAUACAUGGCUCAGACUCUUGGUGAAGAACAGGGAAAUGUGUUGAGAAACGUGGAGUUGCUGACUCUCUGCCAUGUCCCCAUGUACGCACUGAUGGUAGCUGCCUGCUUUUCAUCUCAGACACCUGAAGACUCUCCACAGCCAAACAGUAUAACUGAAAUCUACAUCAAUAUCGUUCGUUUCUGUCUUCAGAUAAACAGCAACAAAACAAAAAAGAACAAUCUGAACUCCAUCAUCAGUGACAAGAGUGAGGAAAUACUGUCUUUGGCUGAGGCGGCUUUUCAUGCAACUGAAGGAAAAACUGUCAAUUUGACAGAAUUUCCGUGUGAAGACAGUUGUGUCCUGUCCUUCCUGAAACCACUUGAUAACAAAGUCAGCCCCACUAAGACAGUAACCACGUAUGCGUUUCUUCACUACACGAUGCAGGAGUUUUUUGCGGCGCUGUGGCUCCUGAAGAAUCCAGAUAAAAUCAAGGAUGUUUUCCAGCAGUGCCUCACUGAGGAGAAGAAACACAUGAAACAUCUGAUCCCAUUCAUGUGUCGGCUGUUGACUGAUAAGAGCCCCAGUUUGAUGAAAUGUCUGAUUCCAGAUCAGCAGCUCAAGAGCACAUCUGAGUGGUUCUUUAAAGAAAUGAUAAACGCAUUUUCCCCUCAGCUGUGUAAGAAAGAUGAGGCUGGUACUGAGGCCAGUGGGCUCUAUGUGGACGUACUGUUCUUAUGCCAGUGCUUGUAUGAGUCCCAGAGUCCUGAAGCAUGCGUUGACCUACUAAAAAAACUGGACUACGAUCUUGAUCUCAGUGAAAAGAGUCUAAGUCCUUACUCCUGCUGUGCUGUGGCCUACAUGGUUAAUCAGUCACAGGAAAGAAAAGUAUGGCUGAACCUUGAGGAUGUCGUGGUGUCACAGCAAGGAAUGAGACAACUGUUUGGAUGCCUUCAAAAUGUCCAAUGCUCCAGGAUGACCUACAGAGGUCUACGACUGCAGGAACAGGACCAAUGUCGUGAGACACCAGAGAGUGAAUCAAAGCGGCUGUUACUGGAUUUAUGCCUGAAAGCAGCACUUCACAAAGGAGAGAGCUUUCAUGAUGUAGUGAAGACUCUCUUCUCAUUGUUUUCUGUUUACGCUGACUUAGAUAACAUCCUUCUGGAUUUUUAUCAAUGUGUUGUGAGUGAAGGAUUUUUUAGUGUCAUUCCAAAGCUGAUGCCACUUUUCCAGUCGACUCCUGCAGUCUGGUCCAUAAAUCUCUCAGAGAGAAAGAGCUCCAUCCUCCUGGAAGUGCUGAAACUCACAUCAGAGAAGAAACAAGUGAAGCUGACAGGCUGCUCACAUGAAGAGAGUGAAGUGAGGAGUUUCCUACAGUGUCUGCCUCAUAUCUCAAAGCUCAGUGUCUCUGACUGGUUUGGAGGUGAAGCCAAGUUCUUUGGGAAUCUGUUCUGUGCAGCAGCAGAGAGAGAACAUCAGACAGGAGAGAAGAUACUGGAGCUGUUAUCAUCAGUGUGCACAUAUCAAACAUUCCCUUUAAAUGACAUAUAUGAUGAUGAUGAGGAAUAUCAGUGUGGUUUCCUGCUGGAUCUGUGCUCCCACCUGAAGAUCUAUGAGACUGAAACAGGCCUGAGAGUCCUUCCAUCAUUACAGUCAGUUUUCCAGUCAGUUCCUGCAGUCUGGUUCAUAAACCUCUCAAAGAGAAAGAGCUCCAUCCUCCUGGAAGUGCUGAAACUCACAUCAGAGAAGAAACAAGUGGAGCUGACAGGCUGCUCACAUGAAGAGAGUGAAGUGAGGAGUUUCCUACAGUGUCUGCCUCAUAUCUCACAGCUCAGUGUCUCUGACUUGUUUGGAGGCGGAGUCCAGUUCUUUGGGAAUCUGUUGUGUGCAGCAGCAGAGAGAGAACAGCAGACAGGAGAGAAGAUACUGGAGCUGUUAUCAUCAGUGUGCAGAUAUCAAACAUUCCCUCUUAAAGACAAAUGGUGUGAUUUCCUGUUGGAUCUGUACUCUGAUGACCCGGAAACUGGCCUGAGAGUCCUUCCAUCAUUACAGUCAAUUUUCCAGUCAGCUCCUGCAGUCUGGUCCAUAAACCUCUCAGAGAGAAAGAGCUCCAUCCUCCUGGAAGUGCUGAAACUCACAUCAGAGAAGAAACAAGUGGAGCUGACAGGCUGCUCACAUGAAGAGAGUGAAGUGAGGAGUUUCCUACAGUGUCUGCCUCACAUCUCACAGCUCAGUUUCGUGGCUCAGUUACCAGAACCUUCAGAGGAAAUCAGGUUCUUUGGGAAUCUGUUGUGUGCAGCAGCAGACAGAGAACAUCAGACAGGAGAGAAGAUACUGGAGCUGUUAUCAUCAGUGUGCACAUAUCAAACAUUCUCUCUGAAAGAGAAAUGGUAUGAUUUCCUGUUGGAUCUGUACUCUUAUGACCCGGAAACUGGCCAGAGAGUCCUUCCAUCAUUACAGUCAGUUUUCCAGUCAGCUCCUGCAGUCUGGUCCAUAAACCUCUCAGAGAGAAAGAGCUCCAUCCUCCUGGAAGUGCUGAAACUCACAUCAGAGAAGAAAGAAGUGAGACUGACAGGCUGCUCACAUGAAGAGAGUGAAGUGAGGAGUUUCCUACAGUGUCUGCCUCAUAUCUCACGGCUCAGUUUCGUGCCUCAGUCACCAGAACCAUCAGAAGAAAUCAGGUUCUUUGGGAAUCUGUUGUGUGCAGCAGCAGAGAGAGAACAUCAGACAGGAGAGAAGAUACUGGAGCUGUUAUCAUCAGUGUGCACAUAUCAAAAGUUCCCUCUGAAAGACAAAUGGUGUGAUUUCCUGUUGGAUCUGUACUCUUAUGACCCUAAAACAGUCCAGAGAGUCCUUCCAUCAUUACAGUCAGUUUUCCAGUCAGCUCCUGCAGUCUGGUCCAUAAACCUCUCAGAGAGAAAGAGCUCCAUCCUCCUGGAAGUGCUGAAACUCACAUCAGAGAAGAAACAAGUGAAGCUGACAGGCUGCUCACAUGAAGAGAGUGAAGUGAGGAGUUUCCUACAGUGUCUGCCUCAUGUCUCAAAGCUCAGUUUCUCCCACGAAUUUGAGGGUCAAAGCAAGUUCUUUGGGAAUCUGUUCUGUGCAGCAGCAGAGAGAGAACAGCAGACAGGAGAGAAGAUACUGGAGCUGUUAUCAUCAGUGUGCACAUAUCAAACAUUCCCUUUUGGCAACAUAUACAUGUACAUUUCUGAUGAAUAUCAGUGUGAGUUCCUGCUGGAUCUGUACUCUCAUGUGAAGGACUAUGAGACUAAAACCGGCCUGAGAGUCCUUCCAUCAUUACAGUCAGUUUUCCAGUCAGCUCCUGCAGUCUGGUCCAUAAACCUCUCAGAGAGAAAGAGCUCCAUCCUCCUGGAAGUGCUGAAACUCACAUCAUUGAAGAAACAAGUGAAGCUGACAGGCUGCUCACAUGAAGAGAGUGAAGUGAGGAGUUUCCUACAGUGUCUGCCUCAUAUCUCACGGCUCAGUUUCUCUGACUGUUCUGUAUAUAGAGGUGAAGUUGAGUUCUUUGGGAAUCUGUUCUGUGCAGCAGCAGAGAGAAAACAGCAGACAGGAGAGAAGAUACUGGAGCUGUUAUCAUCAGUGUGCAGACAUAGAAAAUUCCCUUCAGAUGGCAUGGAUGAUGAAUAUAAGUGUGGUUUCCUGCUGGAUCUGUAUUCCUACAUUAAGGACUAUGAGACUGAAACUGGCCUGAGAGUCCUUCCAUCAUUAAAGUCAGUUUUCCAGUCAUCUCCUGCAGUCUGGUCCAUAAACCUCUCAGGGAGAAAGAGCUCCAUCCUCCUGGAAGUGCUGAAACUCCAAUCAGAGAAGAAACAAGUGGAGCUGACAGACUGCUCAGAUGAAGAGAGUGAAGUGAGGAGUUUCCUACAGUGUCUGCCUCAUAUCUCACGGCUCAGUUUCCCUCACUGGCUUGGAGGUGAAGUCGAGUUCUUUGGGAAUCUGUUCUGUGCAGCUGCAGAGAGAGAACAUCAGACAGGAGAGAAGAUACUGGAGCUGUUAUCAUCAGUGUGCACAUAUGAAACAUUCCCUUUCAAUGAGAGAGACAUACAUGAGAAAUUUCAGUGUGGUUUCCUGUUGGAUCUUUGCUCCUAUAUAACAGACAGAGAGACUAAAACUGGCCUGAGAGUCCUUCCAUCAUUACAGUCAGUUUUACACUCAUUUCCUGCUGUCUGGUCCAUAAACCUCUCAGAGAGAAAGAGCUCCAUCCUCCUGGAGGUGCUGAAACUCACAUCAGUGAAGAAACAAGUGAGACUGACAGGCUGCUCACAUGAAGAGAGUGAAGUGAGGAGUUUCCUACAGUGUCUGCCUCAUAUCUCACGGCUCAGUUUCGUGGCUCAGUCACCAGAACCAUCAGAAGAAAUCAGGUUCUUUGGGAAUCUGUUGUGUGCAGCAGCAGAGAGAGAACAUCAGACAGGAGAGAAGAUACUGAGGCUGUUAUCAUCAGUGUGCAGAUAUGAAACAUUCACUCUGAAAGAGAAAUUGUGUGAUUUCCUGCUGGAUCUGUACUCUUAUGACCCUGAAACAGUCCAGAGAGUCCUUCCAUCAUUACAGUCAGUUUUCCAGUCAGCUCCUGCAGUCUGGUCCAUAAACCUCUCAGAGAGAAAGAGCUCCAUCCUCCUGGAAGUGCUGAAACUCACAUCAGAGAAGAAACAAGUGAAGCUGACAGGCUGCUCACAUGAAGAGAGUGAAGUGAGGAGUUUCCUACAGUGUCUGACUUAUAUCUCAAAGCUCAGUGUCUCUCAACAGUUCAAAGGUGAAGUCGAGUUCUUUGGGAAUCUGUUCUGUGCAGCAGCAGAGAGAGAACAGCAGACAGGAGAGAAGAUACUGGAGCUGUUAUCAUCAGUGUGCACAUAUCAAACAUUCCCUUUAAAUGACAUAUACAUUGAUGAGGAAUAUCAGUGUGGUUUCUUGUUGGAUCUGUACUCCCACGUGAAGGACUAUGACCCUGAAACAGGCCUGAGAGUCCUUCCAUCAUUACAGUCAGUUUUCCAGUCAGUUCCUGCAGUCUGGUCCAUAAACCUCUCAGAGAGAAAGAGCUCCAUCCUCCUGGAAGUGCUGAAACUCACAUCAGAGAAGAAACAAGUGAAGCUGACAGGCUGCUCACAUGAAGAGAGUGAAGUGAGGAGUUUCCUACAGUGUCUGCCUCAUAUCUCACGGCUCAGUGUCUGUCGCUGGUUUAUAGGUAAAGUCGAGUUCUUUGGGAAUCUGUUCUGUGCAGCAGCAGAGAGAGAACAGCAGACAGGAGAGAAGAUACUGGAGCUGUUAUCAUCAGUGUGCAGAUAUCAAACAGUCCAUUUUGAUGACAUGUACAUGGAUGAUUAUGAUGAUGAUGAUGAUGAUCAUGAUGAGAAUGAUCGGUUUGGUUUUCUGCUGGAUCUUUGCUCCUAUGUAACAGACAGAGAGACUAAAACUGGCCUGAGAGUCCUUCCAUCAUUACAGUCAGUCUUACAGUCAGUCCUACAGUCAGUUUUCCAGUCAGUUCCUGCAGUCUGGUCCAUAAACCUCUCAGGGAGAAAGAGCUCCAUCCUCCUGGAAGUGCUGAAACUCACAUCAGAGAAGAAACAAGUGAAGCUGACAGGCUGCUCACAUGAAGAGAGUGAAGUGAGGAGUUUCCUACAGUGUCUGCCUCAUAUCUCACGGCUCAGUGUCUCUGAGCAGUUUGAAGGUGAAGUCGAGUUCUUUGGGAAUCUGUUCUGUGCAGCAGCAGAGAGAGAACAGCAGACAGGAGAGAAGAUACUGGAGCUGUUAUCAUCAGUGUGCAGAUAUGAAACAUUCCCUUUUAAUGACAUGAUUGGUUAUGAUGAUGAUGAAUGUCAGUCUGGUUUCCUGCUGGAUCUGUACUCCUACAUAAAGGACAAAGAGACUGAAACAGGCCUGAGAGUCCUUCCAUCAUUACAGUCAGUUUUCCAGUCAGCUCCUGCAGUCUGGUCCAUAAACCUCUCAGAGAGAAAGAGCUCCAUCCUCCUGGAAGUGCUGAAACUCACAUCAGAGAAGAAACAAGUGAAGCUGACAGGCUGCUCACAUGAAGAGAGUGAAGUGAGGAGUUUCCUACAGUGUCUGCCUCAUAUCUCACGGCUCAGUUUCGUGGCUCAGUUACCAGAACCUUCAGAGGAAAUCAGGUUCUUUGGGAAUCUGUUGUGUGCAGCAGCAGACAGAGAACAUCAGACAGGAGAGAAGAUACUGGAGCUGUUAUCAUCAGUGUGCACAUAUCAAACAUUCUCUCUGAAAGAGAAAUGGUAUGAUUUCCUGUUGGAUCUGUACUCUUAUGACCCGGAAACAGGCCUGAGAGUCCUUCCAUCAUUGCAGUCAGUUUUCCAGUCAGCUCCUGCAGUCUGGUCCAUAAACCUCUCAGAGAGAAAGAGCUCCAUCCUCCUGGAAGUGCUGAAACUCACAUCAGAGAAGAAACAAGUGAAGCUGACAGGCUGCUCACAUGAAGAGAGUGAAGUGAGGAGUUUCCUACAGUGUCUGCCUCAUAUCUCACAGCUCAGUUUUGUUCCUGAUCAGACAAAACCAUCAGAAGAAAUCAGGUUCUUUGGGAAUCUGUUGUGUGCAGCAGCAGAGAGAGAACAUCAGACAGGAGAGAAGAUAAUGGAGCUGUUAUCAUCAGUGUGCAGAUAUCAAACAUUCCCUCUGAAAGAGAAAUGGUGGGAUUUCCUGUUGGAUCUGUACUCUCAUGACCCGGAAACAGUCCAGAGAGUCCUUCCAUCAUUACAGUCAGUUUUCCAGUCAGCUCCUGCAGUCUGGUCCAUAAACCUCUCAGAGAGAAAGAGCUCCAUCCUCCUGGAAGUGCUGAAACUCACAUCAGAGAAGAAACAAGUGAAGCUGACAGGCUGCUCACAUGAAGAGAGUGAAGUGAGGAGUUUCCUACAGUGUCUGCCUCAUAUCUCACAGCUCAGUGUCUCUCAGCAGUUUAAAGGUCCAGCAAAGCUAUUUGGGAAUCUGUUCUGUGCAGCAGCAGAGAGAGAACAGCAGACAGGAGAGAAGAUACUGGAGCUGUUAUCAUCAGUGUGCACAUAUCAAACAUUCCCUUUUGAUGACAGACACAUGUAUCAUAGUAGUCACAUACACCAGUUUGGUUUCCUGUUGGAUCUGUGCUCCCACCUGAAGAUCUAUGAGACUGAAACAGGCCUGAGAGUCCUUCCAUCAUUACAGUCAGUUUUCCAGUCAGCUCCUGCAGUCUGGUCCAUAGACCUCUCAAAGAGAAAGAGCUCCAUCCUCCUGGAAGUGCUGAAACUCACAUCAGAGAAGAAACAAGUGAGGCUGACAGGCUGCUCACAUGAAGAGAGUGAAGUGAGGAGUUUCCUACAGUGUCUGCCUCAUAUCUCACGGCUCAGUUUCGUGGCUCAGUUACCAGAACCUUCAGAGGAAAUCAGGUUCUUUGGGAAUCUGUUGUGUGCAGCAGCAGACAGAGAACAUCAGACAGGAGAGAAGAUACUGGAGCUGUUAUCAUCAGUGUGCACAUAUCAAAAGUUCCCUUUAAAUGACAUAUAUGAUGAAGAUUAUGAUGAAGAUUAUGAUGAUGAAAGAAAGGAAUAUCAGUGUGGUUUCCUGUUGGAUCUGUGCUCCCACCUGAAGAUCUAUGAGACUGAAACAGGCCUGAGAGUCCUUCCAUCAUUACAGUCAGUUUUCCAGUCAGCUCCUGCAGUCUGGUCCAUAAACCUCUCAGAGAGAAAGAGCUCCAUCCUCCUGGAAGUGCUGAAACUCACAUCAGAGAAGAAACAAGUGAAGCUGACAGGCUGCUCACAUGAAGAGAGUGAAGUGAGGAGUUUCCUACAGUGUCUGCCUCAUAUCUCACAGCUCAGUGUCUCCGACUGGUUUGAAGGUUCAGCAAAGUUCUUUGGGAAUCUGUUCUGUGCAGCAGCAGAGAGAGAACAUCAGACAGGAGAGAAGAUACUGGAGCUGUUAUCAUCAGUGUGCACAUAUCAAACAUUCCCUUUAAAUUACAUAUAUGGUGAAUAUGAAAAGGAAUAUCAGUGUGGUUUCCUGCUGGAUCUGUUCUCCCGCCUGAAGAUCUAUGAGACUGAAACUGGCCUGAGAGUCCUUCCAUCAUUACAGUCAGUUUUCCAGUCAGCUCCUGCAGUCUGGUCCAUAAAGCUCUCAGAGAGAAAGAGCUCCAUCCUCCUGGAAGUGCUGAAACUCACAUCAGAGAAGAAACAAGUGAAGCUGACAGGCUGCUCACAUGAAGAGAGUGAAGUGAGGAGUUUCCUACAGUGGCUGCCUCAUAUCUCACAGCUCAGUGGUGAUCCAGAGUUCUUCCAGCGUGUGUGCACAUUAAUCUGUGUGAGAUCCAGAGAGGCUGAGCAGUUGGCCUCUCUGCUGCGACUUCCUGGCUUCACCCUGCAGUUAACAGGAGAGUUGGGCUGGAGAACCUGCAGGUCUGUGGGAAGAGUUCUCAGACUCUGUGGUUCUGAUGUGGAUCUGGUUUUCACACCCAGAAGGAUCUCCGUCAGAGGAGCCUCCCUCCUCUUUAGACACACAACACAACUACACAGUCUGAGGCUGUCCAAUGGUACGGCCUUGUUUCUGUCUCAGUGGGUCAGAAGAAAGAGGGUGGCCUGUCUGUUGGCUGUUGAAGAGCUUUCUCUUGCCCCUCAGAGAGGUUUACCAUCACAAAGAGUUCUGUUGAAGGUGGUCAGUAGUUUGGCGUCCCUGCUGAGAUGCUGGACAGUCAGCCGGUUGGACCUGACUGAGUUCUGUGGUUCUGCUCUGAGUCUGGUUCCACUGCUGCUUCAUGAUGGUCCUCUGACAAUCAAACUGAGUGGGAAGAUUUCCCAGGAGCUCCUCUCCCUCCUCCAAGACGUCCAGGACGAGGACUUGACCUGGGCCUUCUUUAAGAAGGCUGAUGGAGACCUGAGCUCGUGUUCUCUGAACUGGGAGGUUCUUCACUAUCUGCUGCAGCAGUCGUCAGCUCAGACCAUCACUGUGAACCUGAGGAAGAACCGCUUCUUACAGGAGAACAUCCCACGUCUGCUUCCCUUUCUGGAGAAGAUUGUAUUUAAAAGGCCCUGUCCCAGCUUUGUGUUGACUGCCAUCACACAGAUCUAUUGCACUCGUGCCAGUCCCUUUAUACCCAGUUUACUGAGGUCACUGGAUAACGUGAUCAACCUGACCUGCAGAGAGAUGAACUCAGUGGACUGUGCUGCUCUGCUCUUCACCCUCCAACACUCUGACAGAGUUAAACUGAACCUCCUCUGGACCUCCAUACCAACAGAGGAGAUGGAGUCCUUCCUCUUUACACUGGACAGAGUUUCUCAACUCAGUGUUGACAGAAAUCUGCUUCUGAAGUUGAUCCACUGCUGUGCUGCCUCUGACGCCCAGCAGGGGGCAGCAGUCAGCCUGCUCAGGACUCUGCAGCACAGGCUGGAUCUGUCCUGCUCCUCCUGUGUGGAGCUGCUGCAGGAGGGUCAGAGUGAAACCCUCAGUCUGACUGAUGACGACUGCAGAGCCGUCUCCACCAUCCUGAGACACAGCAGCCAGGACACUGAGCUCCACCUGCAGGACUGUGAGGUGGAGGGCAGCGGACUGGACCUGCUGUUUCCUGUCCUGGACAGAGUCCUCCUCAGAGCCAGUAAGACUGUCGUCCUCCAGCUGAUGUCCCUGGUUCCUGCGAACAGAGACAGAGACACAGUGAAGCGGGCGGAGUCCCUGUGUGGAGCCCUGGGUGGAGAACUGGACCUCAGUCACACCACACUGGAUCAGAGGUCCUGUGGAGCUUUGGCUCAUCUGCUGGACGUCUCUGAAGGGCUGACAGAACUGGACCUGAGUCACUGUGAGCUCACUGACCAGCUGCUGCUUUCACUCCUCACACAUCUGCACAAGGUCCAAGUCCUGGAUCUGAGUCACAAUAAGAUCACUGAUGCUUCAGCUGACAUGCUACUUGAACUGGUCUCCAUCAACCCCUCCAUGGACACAGUGAGACUCUUCGGGAACAACAUUAAGGACAGAACUCCUUUUAAGAAACUCAAGCAGUUUGAAAUCUGGUGAAUCAGCCGUCAGUGUGGUGGUGAUGUGCUGAUCAGGGAAUCAUUCAUGUCUAAUGAUCGUUUGAUGAUUAUGUGUUACUGUUUUGGUGGUGAAUAGUUUAUAAUACGGUACCAUCAUGUUCCACACAGUGAUCUCUGCUUCACAGAUGAGAACAUCAUGACUCUCGUUCUUGUCUAUAGAUUGAUCCAGACGGCAGUUUGAUCAUGACUUCUUUGGAUACGCUACAUUUUUGGUUUAUGGUUUCAUAUUUAUGUGAAAACUCUCAGGUUUUAGACAUCAGGUUGUUCUUUUGUGAUCGUUAAAUGAUUUGUUUGACAAAAUAAAUGUAAUUUUAUGAGUAGGCCUAAUUUAUCUUUUAUUUAAUUUGUGGCUACUGUAUUUUUGAAUUACAGGUUUCUGUACUUUAUUUUGGGAUGAAUGUUAAAUGCAAUGAGAAGAAGAAUGAGUAAUGAUGAAUUACGGGUAUGUUCAGGUAAAAAUUAUUUUGGGAAGAAAUUGUAAAUAUCCGUUUAUAUGAUCAUUUUCUCUGCCCGUGAACAUUUUUAGUUUUUUUAACAGUUAACUGACUUACUUUCAGCGAAAUUUGAUGCACAUUUAUUGUUUUUUUUUUUUUUCAUAUUUGAUGCAAAUGUGUGAAAUGAUUUUUGACCAUAAAUAAUCUUUGAUGCACAUGUAUUAUUUUGCAUUCAUCGUUUCAAUAAAUAAUCUUUGAUGCAGGUUUUUGAAUUUAUAUGUAUGAAAUAUUCUAAAAUAGACGAUCUUUGACACA